AUGAGCGCUCAUUACAACGCCAACAGCCAGCGGGUGACCCACCGCAUGUCCGGAGCCCAUCAUGGUGACUCGCGCAGAGCGGGCAACGAGGCAAGCGUUGUGGCAUCUGGCGCAACCGACCCGACCAGCCUGGUCCCUCGAUCGCAUCCAGCACCGGUUUCGCCGUACGGGGGUACUUCUACACCCUACGGAGACCCGUCCGGGGCCAUCUAUCAGCACAACAUCUCGCUUUACUCGACCCAGCCGCGCAAUUCAACGUCGUCCUCUUUACAUCAGUCGCCGCCACAACCUUCUUCCUUGUAUGACCAGGGGAACUACACCCUCAGGUCCAGUCAACCUGCUAGCCCCGUUCACGGUGAAUUUUCAAACUCAUACGACCAACGGUCGGCUUCGAAUACCGCCCCGGGCACUGGUCAUGGAUAUCGGUCUCCUUCUUUCUCGCAGUCACCGGGAAUCGAUGCUAUAACGGAUGGCAUCGGAAGCCUGACGACAAGUCCAACCGGAGCCCAAUGGUCGACCACACCCGGCCCAGGCCUUCCCGGUCAUGAUGCGGGAAUUUCUCAUUCCGUCCAACCCAUGUCACGGGGGAGCAAUGUGUCCCAGAAUGUAAUUUCGGGGACCAGCAGUACUCAUAACACCACACUGGACCCGCGCUAUACGGUACAAAAGAGCCCCAAGAGCUUCUUUAGGGUCGGACGGGUCUUUGCAAUUCUUUGGCACGAAAACGAGGGCUCGAGCGGCCGAGGUACGCAGAGUUAUAUAAGCGUAGGUCCCGUGUAUAUAGGCCGGUUCAACGAACCGGUUCAUAGUGGGAUCCGACGCAUGGUAGUCGUGAAGGCACUGGAUCAGUGUGCUUGGUGUUUCCCCGUGAGCACAUACAGUCGCAAGGGGGUCGCGAAAACAGGGGUGGACGCAUCCAAGCAUGCCAUUAUCUACAUGCAGGGCACCGAGCCCCAGCGUGGCUCCGGCGAGCCUCAAAUGAUGAAGGAACCGUUGGAGGUCGCCCCGGCUUCACCCGACCAGAAAUUAGAUUAUAUGUCCCGGCUGAAUUUUGGAAAGAUUUAUACGGUCGAACACAAUGUGAAAGUGUUGCCGGUUGGGAAAAUCACCGAGCGAUCGAUGCCGCGCUUCCAGAAUUAUGCGAAAAGCGAAUUCAAUGUCAUGUCAUGA